ACGCAAAUUGUAGUGAAAGCGGGUAGCUGGAAAGUUGAAUCCGUUAUGUUUAUAGUUUGAUGUGAACGUAGGGAAAUCAACUAUCCUCCAAAAAACUUCAAUCGUCAACAGGAAUUCUUAAGGACUCGACCAUUUUUGCGUUUUCUGAGUCUUCUCGUUGUGGAGUAACGUUUGUAUGCGAAAGAACGAGAAAAGGAGAGCGGAGAGGUCCAUCAACGCGUCAUCAAAACAAAACAGAAGUGCUGUCAAAAUUGAAAACUGACCGAACUUUCUCUCAUCUUGUUCCUCGCAGCUCAGCCAAUUUCACGUAAUGGUUCCAGAAAAUUUUAUUUUUUGUGCAUAGUACAAAUGCUAGUGUUUCGCAUUUAUCAGCAAAGAAAAAAGUUGUUCAGUAUAUAAGAUGUCUACUCACGAAGUGUUGUUAGUGGAAUAGAUGCUUGCUUGCCAGGAACUGACAUCACUUUUCUGCACACUCCGGUCGAUCGACCUUCAUUCUGACUCGACGUCUAGUAGAACGUUUGUGUAACUUAUCGAACUUAUUCGGAAAUCAAUUUCGCAGCUGUUUGCCAGCUUGCUGGCACAAGGAAGUUGGAAAAUUAAGUGAAUCAUUCAUCGAGUGGAUGGCGCAGUAAAUUCCUAUGCUGGAAUGAGCACCGCUAGGCCUCGUCUGGUGUCCACCUCGUUGCGAAAACUACGGCCAUCAUCGCCAGUGAAAAGGGUGAAAAGUAGCAACGAAGUAGAGGAAUCAUCGUCUCCCCCUCUGCCACCGUCGAACGAAAUGGCUGAGUCUGCCGGAGCCGGUCCCAGUGAGGCAGCAACCGAGGAGGUACCCGAGCAGCCACCGGGAAAAUUCACGGAGGCCGAUUUGCAGGCCAUUAAACUGACUAGCGACACACUGAAGCGCAACCCUAAAAUGGACUUCAGCAAAACGGAUCUUUUAAAGUUGCUCAGCUAUCUGGAAGGCGAGCUGCAAGCCCGGGACGUAGUGAUAGCCGUAUUGAAAACGGAAAAAGUCAAACAGCUGCUCAACACCACUCGGUACAGUAAAUCAACUAAUCUGAAUGAUCCACAUGCAGCCCUUUAUCGGGACAAUCUGGCAUCCAGUGGAAACAUUGCCAGCCGGCAGUCGUCCAUUCAGGCAGCCUAUUCCGAGCAUGAGAUGCGAUUACUUAACGAUCAACGCGUGGGCGUAAAAGAACAAAUGGACUCGCUAGCGGCUCUCGUAAUGCAGCAGAGACAAACGCAAGCCAAGAUGGUUGAGGUGCUCAAGGAUGCCGAAGAGCGGUACAAACAGGUGGUACAGGAAUUGGAAGAAGAACGGCGAAAGCAUGAACACACUACUGCCCAGGGGGACGAUAUUACGUACGGGUUGGAGAUCGAGCGAUCGCGUCUAAAACAGGAAUUGGAACACGAGAAGGAGCAGCGUAAGGUGCUAGAGCUGGAGGUGAAAAAGAUUGAAGAGCAGUUCGAGGCGGAGAAAAAUCGACAAAAGCAGAUUGUUCUGCUGCUCCUGGCUGAGCGCAAGAAGAUAAUCAUAAAAUAUAUAGAGGAACGAAAAAGAAGCGAGGAUCUGGCACAGAUUUUGUCGGAGGAAAAAAUGCGGGUCGAUACCAUUGCCGAGGGCUUGGAGGAGGAAAGUAAGAAAUCCCUCCGGAUGGAGGCAGAGCUGGAAACCCAAACGCAGCAGUACGAUUUGGAGCGAAAGAUGCUGCAUCAAACGUUAGCAAAGGACGAAAGAAGGAUAAAAGAACAGGAGAUCGAGAUUCAGCAACUUAGAACAGAGCUGGAGCUUCUGCGAAAACAAACUGGAAUACGUCAUCCGAUUGUUGCUCCACAGCUGCCCACUAAACCCGGUGGAUUGAUGCCAUCUAGGCCAUCGAUUGGAGGCAUUAUUCCUGCCACCGGAAUUGCCCGCUCGGUGUCUCCCGGUCAACUGAUACGUCAGACAGCCAUCUCGCAGCUAUCGGUUACUUCCCCUCCGAUUGGAUCGGGCCCGGGUUCGAACUCUGCGCCGGUCGCACCGUCACCCGAGACCUACGCGAACGCCACACCGGGCAAGAUGGCAACCGUUAGAAAAGCAUCGUCAUCGCCAGCUGGAAGUACUGCCGGUAUUGGAUUCUCCACCGGAAUGGGGGGCACAGCGACUACUCUUAAGAAGACAAUAAUUCCACCGGUCGGAGGACGUGGUGUCCCGCCUCCAAUUCCACCCAAUAAACCGCAAAUUCCGCCGAAACUGUCAGCCACGUCGGCAGCGGCAGCCGUUGCCGCUGCGGCCGUAUCAUCGCGCAUACCAUUUUUGAGCAAUAGUAAUCACACUGGCAACAACAACAACAGCAUCAUCAACAUUAGUAAUAGUCUAGCCAAUAGCAGUACCGCCAUCGGAUCAUCGCUUCCAUCGCCAUCCUCGCCACUAUCAUCACUGUCAUCACCAUCACCAUCCUCUUGUUCAUCUUCCACCAAUAGUGCUAGCAGUACACCGGUCGCGCCCCCGGGGCUCAUCCCUGCCAGUGGAACUGUACCGCCCACAAAUAAUCUUAUCGCAUCUUCAACAGUUGCCAACAAUGCCACUGCUGGAGCAACAACAGCAGCAGCAGCAACAGCAGCAACCAACUCCCCAGCCGCUGCCACAGCUUCUCCGGCUGUCGCCGUCUCAACCGCCGCCGCAGCAGCAUCACAAAAUUCUCCGGCGUCAGCCACAUCUGCAUUCGUUUCAACCGCAGCAGAAAUACUGACAAACAUCGGUUGCGAAGCAAUCUAUGUAAGCUGCAACUGUACAUACUUCUAUACCGCUUUAUGUAUGAUGAAAUGCAACAACUAGUUCCACUACAGAGCUGGGUCGGAAAGGAACUGCUAGCAGCUAUCCAUUGAUCCCUGGUGUUUUGUGGACGUGAUGAAUAAAUAACUAGAACUAGGGUUACUAGAAAAUAUAUUAUAAAAGCAUAACUGUUAUAAUCAAAAACGAACAACUUAAAAAUCAUAUAGAAUUACUAUAUACGCUUCAAUGAAACAAAGAACAACUGCAAGGGUAUUUGUGUGAAAGUUAGUUCAACCUGUGAGGCCUGCUUUCCAAACGUUCGUUCACAAACCGAUCAAAGCAAUAGUAUCCUCCCUCUGUUGUUAAUUCAUAAGCAAGUUAGUAAUCAGGACUCCUCCUUCUAAAGGUAUUUUUUCUCUCGGUAAAUGUUACACUUGACUAAUAGUAACAACAAUUUGAAGCAGUCAUCCAGCCAUUUUUUCUCCCGUUAGAUAAACUUGUAAACAGAAAAAUCAGAAAAAAAAGCAGUUGAGCGUCGUACAUUUAUGGUAAGUGUAUGAAAAUAGUCCGAACAUGUUAACCAGUGCAUGUAAAUUUAUGCAAGAAAGUUGAUAUUCUUCGUAGUAGGCCAGCUGUGAUUCGGUUAAGUAUAAAUAAUUUAGUCUGCUAAGGUUAUUGAGCUCACCACUCUGGCGACAAACACACAUAACUGAAGUUACACCACGAACUGUCUGAAAUUACCUAUUUUAUUUAGUUAGAAUUCAUAGGUUUAGUUAGGUUUGGUAAUGCGAUUUUAAUUAAUACUAGGAAAAACAAACACAGUUGUCAUUGAAGAACAUAAGAAAAAUAGAAUAAUACACAUCCAAAAAGAAAGUAUGCGUCGAUUAAGUACGCUCUAAUAACAGAUAAAGAACAUAAUGCUAGCUUUAAAACUUUCCGUUCGUCACUUUAUUAUUCUGCAUCACACACUUUACUUUGCAAUAGAUCUGAUUUUUUAAUCUUCCGAAUUGCGAUGUGCUAUAGUUGGCAAUAACCAGGCCACAGAAAUUCGAUAGUAUUACGCUAUGCAUUUCCACGGUAGGCAACCGAGAUGUUUGUUUUGGUGGCCAUCAUGUUUUGCUUCCUGUAUACAACAAGCGUUACACAUUAAGCUAGGUUUAGUUUGCGAUUCGAUAGUUUUGUUUCACUUUUUUGGUUUCGAUAACCUAAAACGGUAGUAAUGCGAGCAAAGUUUUCCGUGGUGUAAUCUAAGUAUAGCCACAAAAUUGUAAGAAUAAAAGAAGGUAGUUUUAUUUCCUGCAAGAACCUCUCGUAUAAAAAUAAUAAUAAUAAUCAAAUAAUACGCCAAGUCCAAGACCGUAGUGUUGACAGAUUUGAAACAACUAAUGGAAUAUAAGUUAUAAAGAUAAUGCAGCAUAAUAGACGCAUGAUGUUGAUCCACAUGUGUGUGCACUCGUCUGUAAAACAGAGUGCUGAAACUAAUCGAUAGAGUACGCCAAACGGCACGUUAUGUUGGCAAACAAGAGAUGCUGGUAAACCAAUACUGUUCCCACUCAGUAUCAAAAAUUAACCUAUCUAGAGACU